CAUCCCCUAACGUCAUCAAUUUAUUUUAGUAAGAUGGCGAGCAUACUACUAUGGUCUCAACGAUUAGUUUACCAUACAUCAACGUUUACCAAAGCGAGAAUACCCAUGAGGUUCUUUCGGUCAUCAGGAAAGACAUGGAAAACUGAGGCUGAUGAAAAUACAGAUGAACCCAUACAAUAUUCAACAAGCAAAGCUGCAAAAUGGAAAGCUAGAGACACUUAUGGUGGACAAAGAGAUAUUCCAGAUUGUCAGCCUCUUGUUGUUACUUUGAGUGUUGCAGUUUUUAUGAUUUACUUUUGUAUUCUUAGAGAAGAGAAUGACAUAGAUGAACAAAUGAAGAAAAGCAUAUUUGAAAAAAUACCAACACUUAAGAAUACUCCAUUUGAAAAACCAGAUUAAAAUAAACAAACAGUAGAAAUAUUGUUGUUAUUAUUGACUUAGCUAAUCAGGUGUGUGUGAAGAUGAAAUCAUAAAACAACUAAGUUAUUUUAUAGAAUGCAACAUUUAUUAAUGAAAUAAAAAUAGGGUAAUGAAUUA